UAUCACGACUGUUUAUAUUUACACGUAUAAGUUAUUAUGGCUACAGCUUCGAUAUCCAAGCCGCUACCGUCGGCAUCGGCGUCGGCAUCAGCAUCAGCACUGCGCUCCGAGGGCAAGCGCAUCUCACGCAUCGUGUUCAUUGCACUUUUGCUCGACAUCCUCUCGUUCACGAUUAUUCUGCCGUUGCUGCCACGGUCGCUCGAGGCAUACAAGGCCCGCGAGGGCGCCGACAGCAGCACGCUCCUGGGCUGGACCCUGCAGCACGUCACGCAGCUGCGUGAGCUCAUCCUGGCCAACGCCGGCGCGCGCGCCUCCCGCUUUCUCCAGCAAGGCGCUCGCGCCGAUCUGGUCCUGCUUGGCGGCCUUUUGGGCUCCGUCUACUCUCUGCUGCAGUGCAUCGUCGCGCCCAUCAUCGGCCGGCCUCGGAUCGGGAACAUUGUGUGGACUGUUCUGUGGGUUUUCUCGGGCAGCUUCGAGAGCUUUCUGGCUGCGCGCAUCAUUGCUGGAUUGAGCGAGGGCAAUGUCCAGCUGUCAACGACUAUUAUUGCCGAUGUCACUGAUCCGCAGACCAGAUCGCACGGCAUGGCGCUGGUGGGCAUUGCUUUUGCCGUCGGCUUCACGAUCGGCCCAUCCAUUGGCGCGUUCUUUUCGCGGAUGAACAUCGAGUCACAGGCAACGACGACUUUCGGGUAUGCGCCGUUUGCCGUGGCAGCCGUGUUCUCGCUAGCGCUGCUGCUGACCGAGAGCCUGUACCUCUAUUUCAAGCUGCCCGAGACCAAAAACUUUAACUCUCAGCGCAACAUUACCAGUGCUUCGGCAGACUCGGCGGUGGCAGCGCUGGACAGCGGCAACGAGGAGCCGCUGCAGUCGCAGCUUCAGCCCCAGCCCGGCGCAAGGCUAAUGCAGGAGCGGCAAAAGACCAAGAGCAUAUUGAGGCAACUCAACUACGUGCAUUUCGCCUACCUUUUCUUCUUCUCGGGCAUGGAGUACACGCUGACUUUCCUCACGCACGACCGGUUUAACUUUUCCAACGCGCAGCAGGGCAAGCUGCUCGGCUUCAUUGGCAUCACCUCGACGCUGCUGCAGGGUGGCUACGUGCGCCGCAGACAAAUCCUUGUCGCCCAGGGCAUGGCUGGAUGCACCUUGGGCCUGCUGAGUAUCGCCCUGUGCUGCAUCAAGGCCGAUGCAAAGGACAUGUUGAGGCCGUCGUGGUGGCUGUGGGCUGGCGCGCUGGGCUUUGCCGUAGCCUCGGCGACGGUCGUCAACUGCCUCAACUCGAUGGUGUCCCUGGUCGGCGCUGACGAUGGGUCGACGGGGCGGAGGCUAGGCGAUUUCAGGUCAGCUGGGCAGAUUGGUCGCGCCCUUGGCCCCAUGUUCUCCUGCACGCUGUACUGGCUCGCCGGUGCUUCGACGUGCUAUAUGGUUGGUGCCGUGGCCGUGGCUGCCAUUACUUUGGCAUUUGUAUCGGUUAUUCCAGCGAGCACUGUGAUGCACAGCAGUGGCUUGAAGAAGAGCCAAUAAACUGAAAUUGUAAUUGGAAAAGGAGAAAAGAUGCUGAUAAUCGAGUGUACAGAAAAUAUUAAUACACAUAAUAAAUAUCUAGC